ACUAUAUAAGCAAACUGAUUUACUUAUCAAAUGAGUGGAUCUAUGUGGAUAAAGCAUGGAUUUACUGUGUACUGAGAGCAUAGUGACUCAUUCGGAAAUAUCGGUUUUUGGCUAUAAUAACCAAACAGCACAAAAUAUUACAAAACAUAACAUCAAAUGCAAUACAGCUUCGAGUGCUAGAGUCAGCAAGCACAUUGCAGCGAAUUCCAGUGUACCUAUCGCUUGCAGUAUGAGUAAUCUUAUGUAUGUUUUAUCUUCAGUUGCAAUUCCUGCAAAUGCAACCAAAUCAACAAAGCAGAGAAGGUCAACCACUUGUCAAGUACUGUGUAAAGUUCCUCCACAUCGCUCAUAUAACAACACCAAGUGGGUGUGUACAGCAGUAAUUAAAAAAACAGAUACUGCAAACGAUCACCAUUUUGUUGAUGAAAAUACCCAAAUGGUGGUUUCUGAUCCCAUUUUUAAAACUGACCGUUGCUUAAAAAAUGCUUUAAAAACUGAAGAAAAAGAUCAAUAUAUCCUUGAAACAUAUUUUAAAACUGUUCAAAAAGACAUUACCCCGGCUAUGCGCAAAAUUGUAGCUCAAUGGAUGAUGGAGGUGAGUAGCUAUUAUACGUUUUAAAAGUAGAAUGUGUGC